CCCUUCGGGAAAAAAUGAAAAAAUAGAAAGAGACAUUGCAACGACGGACGUUGAGAAAGAGCGAGGAGUGAACAUUUGGAUAAAUAAUAAAAAAGGAAAAUCCAGAUGUAAAGAAGAAUAGCAAGAAGGAAGGAAGCCAAACACGAGCGUAUAAACUUCCAAACAUCAUGCCUCUGCACAAGACUCCCCGGGGUCCUCGUCUGGACCCCACCAUGAUCUCAGCCCCGCUCGGCGACUUCAGACACACCAUGCACAUAGGGAGGGGGGGCGACGCGUUCGGUGACACCUCCUUCCUGUCGACACAUGGGCCCAGCUCAGCCAGCUCCGACACGUCGGCCGCCCCGCCGGCCAGCGACCCCGAGGGGCCUCCCAACCACGACGGUGGCACCUUGGAUGCCAUGGACGGCACGUGGAAUAGGGAGCUCCAGCACUCAGAGUCAGUGUCUUCCUUCGACCUGGACCUGGACCUAGGCCCGUCCAUCAUGGGAGAUGUUCUAGGGGUGAUGGACGGGCUGGGCCUGGACUCUGGGUGGACGGCAUCUACCAACGACGAGGAGGUGUUCCCUGUCAACAGAAGUGCUGCCGCUGUGAAAGUGGAGCAGCUGAACAUGGAGCAGGGGUCGGUCAGCGUGAACAACGAGUUAAAUGACAAGCUGGCGGUGUGGGGUAGCGACGCGGCGCGCGACAGGGGAGAAGUUCGGAUCAUGGAGGGGAACGGGAUUAAGUCCAAAGGGCUGAAGCCGAAAGUGCGAUUCAGCGAUAAGCGAGAGGAAAUCAUUCGCCAGGCAUCGGAGGAGGAGGGCCAGGGGUUUGAGUUUCAACAGAACGAGAUUCCGGAGUGUGUCAGUCCAACGGUUGGUGAGCAUGAAAGAGGCAGUGAAAUCUUCAGUGCAGCAGAAGCAGAGGCCACCAAUCACAUAUUGGAUCUGCCACCUAGUCCCGCCUCUUCAAACGGUUCAGAGUAUGAGGGUGUCACGCCAUUGGACAGAAGGAGGGCUGAAAACGGCCACUCAGAGACUGAUUCUGACGAGGAAGAGGAGGACGACGAAGGGGGAGACAGUGGAAAAGGCUACACGUUUGAAGAUGAGUUUGAUGAUGAAAUUGGCCUAUAGGAGCUCAUAUGGUCUUUUGAUAAAACAGGUUAUUUUUCACUGCCCACCAUGAGCAGCAUACUUUAAUCAUCACAAUAAAGGGAUUUUUUCAACCAAAGGAAUGAACGAGUUUAACAGAAUAAAAACUGGAGUGUUGGUGCUCUGUUUUUAACAUAACUAUGUUGUGCUUUCAGCUCUAUGAAUCACUUCACAGAAUUGUUGCUCAGCUUGUAGUUUUGGACAGAUUCGAGUGAACUCGACAAUGUUUUAAAUGAACUUUACUUUUGCCAGGUAAACCUAUUUUUUACAACAGUGCAUAUUAUAAAUACGUUUUUAUCAUGGUGCCUUAAAGGGAGUUGAGCCUGUUCAUAUCCCUGUACUUACUAUAGCCAUUUCCUUAGCUUAUUUUUAUAUCUUAUUAUGCAUUUAAAGAAAAUGUUUUGAACAUUUCCUCCACAGAUCAAUUUGUUUGCCAGAAGUUCUCAAAUUCUGGAUUCCCAAAGAGCUUUCUUAACAUCCAUUGUUAUUGGAUGCCACUGAGUAUGUGUCCAGUCUUAGUGUUUUGAAACCAAUGAUGUCCUCAUAUUCUAUAUCAUUCCAAUAUUGUACUGUGAACAGCUUACAUUUUAAAUGUAUUUCUCUUGCCAGUUGUUUGGAUUUAAAUUGUAUCACAACUUAAAAUGUAUGAUUUAGCCUUGUUGGGCAGAAAUGGCAACACUCUUAUUUCUUUUGGGGUAAACGACUAUUGACUGUAAUGACCACUGACAAUCUUUGAUGCUGUGCUUAUGUUGAAUGCUUACGUUCUUAAAAUCCAAGCAUGCAUGUUCAGUAUGAGUUAAUAGUUUUGGACCAAUUAUAUUUAACAAUGCUGGAAAGGGGAUUUUUCUAUAAAGAUAAACAAAAAUGUUUUUAAUCUCAGAUUGAUUCCCUUUAAUAUGCUGGCUACUUAAAUAAACAUUAUCCUAUAGACAUA